AUGAGCCUAGCGGUGCCGCCUCCCUUCCUUCCCGCUCCUGGGAGACCUGUUAUCCCGUGGAAAGAGUGGCGGCGGGUGCUACAAAAUUACUUGCUCGCCUCGGGGGGCGACGCCCAUGGACCUGCUCGGCGGAAGGCCUUACUUCCACAUUGCUUCGGUGUUGAAGGACAUAUAGUCUUCUACACACUUUCGGAGACGCAUCCUCCGGUACCACUGCAAGAAACAACUGCCGGCAUGAAGCCACCGACUGUGGUGGACGAGUACGAUGUCCCUUUGGCGGACAUGGAGACCUUUUUCGCGGCGACUUUGAACGUGAUCGUUGCACGACACCGCUUUAGGCAGCGAGCGCAGCUGCCAGGGGAAUCUGUCGAAGUAUUCGUUGCCGAGCUGCGAGACCUGUCGGCGGACUGCGAGUUCGGACUCUUGGCGGACGAGUUCAUCCGAGAUCAGCUGGUGGCAGAGACUAGGAGCCAGCAGUUACGAGAGUGUCUACUACUGGAAGGAAGUAUUCUAACCCUUGACCGGUCGUUGUCCAUCGGCCGACUGGUCGACGAAGCGGUCCGGUACUUUAAACAGCUCGUAUCGUCUUCAUCGGUGCAGGAGGUGGACGUUAAGUCUCCGAAAGCAGCCGAACUUGCCAAACAGGGGGACAAACUUGCAAAUCAGGCAGCGAAACUUGCGAAAGAGGCCACCGAACUUCCCAAACAGGAAGCAAAACUUGCCAAACAGGCAACUCAGCUUGCUAAACAGGAAGCAAAACUUGCCAAACAGGAAGCCCAACCUGCCAAACAGGCUAAACUGAGAGCUAGGCAGGUGAAACUGAUAGCAGAACUGGCCCUACUGGUUUUCGAACUGUUCAAAAUGGUGACUGAACAGAUUACGCUGAUGAUCAAACUGCUCUUCAAACUUGCAGUUAAACUGUUCAAAACGUUGCAUAUACCAAAGAAAGGUUACGGUUUAUAUGAACUGCCUAGCAGCCUACUUUGUUCAGUUACUCAGUAA